AUGAGCGAAGAUAAGAAUUUCGUCUAUGCUAAGGAAGAGCCCGUUCCGGGCGCUCAGGACUCCUACGAGAUGUCGUCGGAGUCCAACAAGGACCAUUCCAGCCCCAAAUCGGUGUCUGCGUGGCAGGACUUCAAAGACAGCUUCAAGAGAGUGAAGUUGGAGGAAAUGGACCCCAACUUGACGGAGGCUGAGAAGAUCGCGAUGGCCACUGCGCGCUCGCCUCUGCAACGUCACUUGAAGAACAGACACUUGCAGAUGAUUGCGAUCGGUGGUGCGAUCGGUACGGGUCUGUUCGUGGGAUCCGGUACUGCGUUGAGAACCGCUGGUCCAGCUGGUAUUUUGAUCGGCUGGGGUCUGAUGGGUACUAUGAUUUACUGUGUUGUUAUGGCGGUGGGAGAGAUGGCUGUUGCCUAUCCUGUUUCCGGUGGGUUCACCACCUUCGCUGUUCGUUUCUUGGAUGAGUCUCUUGGUUUUGCUUUGAACUACAACUAUAUGUUGCAGUGGUUAGUUGUUAUCCCUCUGGAACUAGUUGCCGCGUCUAUCACAGUCAACUUCUGGGGCACGCCGCCAAGGUACAGAGACGGUUUUGUUGCCUUGUUUUACGUUGUGGUGGUGGUCAUCAACUUCUUCGGUGCCAAAGGGUACGGUGAAGCCGAGUUUGUUUUCUCUUUGAUCAAAGUCGUUACCGUCACCGGAUUCAUCAUCCUGGGUAUUGUAUUGGUGUGUGGCGGUGGCCCUGAAGGUGGAUACAUCGGCGGUGCUCUAUGGAACAACCCAGGUGCCAUCCCAGGUGCCAAUGCUGGACAACGCUUCAAAGGUGUUUGCACGGUAUUUGUCACUGCUGCUUUCUCCUUUUCUGGUUCCGAAUUGGUGGGGCUGGCCUCUGCCGAAACUGAAAACCCAAGAAAGGUGCUACCAGGUGCUGCCAAGCAAGUGUUCUGGAGAAUCUGUCUGUUCUACAUCAUUUCGCUAUGUUUGGUUGGGUUGUUGGUCCCAUACAACGACGAGAACUUGAUCGGUGCCUCCUCCGUUGAUGCUGCUGCUUCUCCUUUCGUCAUCGCCAUCAAGACUCACGGUAUCCGCGGUUUGCCUCACGUCAUCAACGUUGUCAUCUUGAUUUCUGUGUUGUCUGUUGGUAACUCCGGUGUUUUCGCCUGUUCCAGAACUUUGACUGCCCUUGCUGAGCAAGGCUACUUGCCAAAGAUCUUCGCCUACAUUGACAGAAAGGGUAGACCUUUGGUGGCCACUGUCUUCACCUGUGUUUUCGCUUUGCUAUCUUUCAUUGCUGCCUCUGACAAGGAAGGUGACGUGUUCAGCUGGUUGUUGGCCCUAUCCGGGUUGUCGGCUUUGUUCACCUGGUUGGGUAUCUGUUUGUGUCACAUUAGAUUCAGAAGAGCUUUGGCUGCCCAAGGUAGAUCCACCGACGAAUUGGCCUUCACUUCUCCUGCUGGUUACUGGGGUUCAGUUUACGGUGCUGUCAUGCUUUUCUUGAUUCUCAUUGCUCAAUUCUGGAUCGCCGUCUGGCCUUUGGGUGGUGGUGGAAGUGCUGAAGCUUUCUUCAACGCUUACUUGUCCUUCCCAGUUUUGAUUGCCUUUUACGUCUUCCACAAGAUCUGGAAGAGAAACUGGACUUGGUUCAUCAGAGCCAAGGACAUGGACAUUGACACUGGUAGAAGAGUCGUCGACAUCGAUGUUCUAAGAGAGGAAGUUGCUGAAGAAAAGUCCGUCUUAGCCAGCAAGCCAUUUUAUUACAGAGUUUGGAAAUUCUGGUGUUAA